UUUCACUUCCCCAAAUUCGACCAACUGCCCAAAGUCGAAGGACAACCGCAAGGAUGCUGCUGGGGCCUCUUCGACACGCGCACCAAGAAAGAUGAGAUCGGCACCCUCAACCUCCUCACCGCAGACGUCGUCCGGCGCGCAUCGCAGGAGAUCCGCACAGGCCGCCACGUCCAGCUCGACUGGUGCCUCAGCGACAACGUGCAAUAUCCCGGCUUCGGACGACGGAAGUUCGAACACAAAGUCCUCGACAAACGCGCCUCGUCGAACGGCAAACACGCCGGCUUCGACGACGAACUCACUUUCAACACCCAAUCCGGCUCACAGUGGGACUCGCUGAAGCACUACGCGCACCAGAAAUCCCAGAUGUACUACAAUGGCCUCUCGCACGACGUCGCCGCCGUCUGCGACACCAACGGCAUCCACAGGUGGUGCGAGCGCGGCGGGAUCGUCGGCCGCGGGGUGCUGAUCGACUGGCUGAGCUGGUACGAGCGGAAGCACGGGGAUCCGCCGAGCGCGGCGUCCCGACACGAGAUCCCGCUGGAGGACCUCGAGGCCUGCCUGCGGUCCCAGGCCACCGUGACGCGGCCCGGGGACAUCCUGCUGGUGCGGACGGGCUACACGCGCUGGCACAACUACGCGUCGCCCAGCGAGCGGCAGCGCGGCACCCAGGGCGACACGGCGGCCAUCGGCCUGCAGAGCAGCGAGGCCAUGGUCCGGUGGCUGUACGAGCGCCACUUCGCCGCCGUCGCGGGCGACACCAUCGCCUUGGAGGCCUGGCCGCCGGAGAAGGACAACGACUGGAAACUCCACGAGUGGCUCUUGUGUCAGUGGGGGACGCCCAUCGGUGAGCUUUGGGAUUUGGAGGCGCUGAGUAAGAUCUGUCACAAGGAGAAGAGAUGGACUUUCUUCCUGACGAGCGCGCCGUUGCACGUCAAGGGUGGCGUGGGCAGUCCGCCGGGGGCGAUUGCGGUGUUUUAG